AUGUUACGUCGUUUAGGUUUUCAAAGUUUGAGAAAUGCCCGAUUAAUGGCUACAGCUGCCCUUCAAAAUACAAGGACAUCUGUUCUACCCAAUGGUUUAACCGUUGCUACUGAGUUUAUUCCUGGAACAUCAAGUGCUACAGUAGGUAUAUUUGUUGAUGCCGGUUCUCGAGCUGAGAAUGUCAAGAACAAUGGUACUGCACAUUUUCUGGAGCAUCUUGCAUUUAAAGGUACUCAGAGUAGAACUCAAAGAGGAAUAGAACUGGAGAUUGAGAAUAUUGGGUCUCAUUUGAAUGCUUAUACAUCUAGAGAGAAUACAGUCUACUAUGCGAAAUCUAUGAAGGCGGAUAUCCCUGAGGCAGUCGACAUUCUGAGUGAUAUUCUUACAAAAUCUGUUUUGGAUCCUAGGGCCAUCGAGAGAGAAAGAGACGUGAUUAUAAGAGAAAGUGAAGAAGUAGGAAAAAUGUAUGAUGAAGUAGUAUUUGAUCACUUGCACGAAAUAGCUUUUAAGGAUCAACCACUGGGGAGAACCAUAUUAGGACCUAUUGAAAAUAUUAAAUCGAUUACAAGAAAUGACUUGAAAAACUAUAUAUCUACAAAUUAUAAAGGUGAUAGAAUGGUACUAGCUGGUGCAGGUGCUGUAGACCAUGAAGACCUAGUUAAGCAAGCGCAGAAGUAUUUCGGACACAUUGAGAAAUCUACCGCUCCAGUUCCUUUGGGAUCUCCUCGUGGUGCGCUACCUGUUUUCAACAGAGGUGAAAGAUUUAUAAAGGAAAGUUCAUUACCAACAACUCAUAUAGCUAUUGCAUUAGAGGGUGUUUCUUGGUCAGCACCAGAUUAUUUUAUUGCACUUGCUACACAGGCUAUAGUAGGGAACUGGGACAGAGCCGUCGGUGCUGGUACUAACUCACCAUCUCCAUUAGCUGUUGCUGCUUCUAAUAACGGUGCUUUAGCCAAUUCAUACAUGUCCUUUUCUACUUCAUACGCAGACACUGGGCUAUGGGGUAUGUAUAUCGUAACAGACUCAAAGGAGCAUAAUGCAAAGCUAAUUAUUGACGAAAUAAUGAAGGAAUGGAGAAGAAUCAAAGCUGGAAAUAUUUCUGAUAAUGAGGUCGUAAGAGCUAAAUCCCAGUUAAAGGCAGCAUUACUUCUAUCACUUGAUGGGUCUACUGCUAUUGUAGAAGAUAUGGGAAGACAGAUUGUAACCACUGGUAAAAGAUUAUCGCCUGAGGAAGUGUUUGAAAAGGUAGAUAAAAUUGCAAAGGACGAUAUCAUUUCCUGGGCUAACUACAGGUUAAAGGAUAAACCAAUUUCAAUAGUUGGUUUAGGUAAUGUGAAAUCUAUUCCAAGCGUCGAUUACUUAGAGAAAAGUAUUAAUAUCCACUGA